AGUUGGCGGAAGAGAUCGCGCUCCCCGGCCGCCGGCUGGCCUUCUGCUGGAGUUUUUCGCGGUCCGCGUCUCGCCGUGCGCCGUCGGCCCGAGGUCCGUCCGUCGGUGUCCCCGGUUGCCCUCCCUCCUCCGGCUGGGGCUCGGCGAGGCGGCCCCCUCUCCCGACGGCGUUCCAUGGAGUAGGGUCCCGGACCGUUGUCCCGAAGAGAGCGAUCGAGCUGGGCCCCCUCCCCCUCCCUCUCCCUCCCUCCUUCCUUCCGCCGCAACAUGGCUAACAACAGCCCGGCGCUGACAGGCAACUCGCAGCCGCAGCACCAGGCGGCCGCGGCCGCGGCCCAGCAGCAGCAGCAGUGCGGCGGCGGCGGCGGCGGCGGCGCCACGAAGCCGGCCGUCUCGGGCAAGCAGGGCAAUGUGCUGCCGCUGUGGGGCAACGAGAAGACCAUGAACCUCAACCCCAUGAUCCUGACCAACAUCCUGUCGUCGCCUUACUUCAAAGUGCAGCUCUACGAGCUCAAGACCUACCACGAGGUGGUGGACGAGAUCUACUUUAAGGUCACACAUGUUGAACCAUGGGAGAAAGGAAGCAGGAAAACAGCAGGCCAGACCGGGAUGUGCGGAGGGGUUCGAGGUGUUGGAACAGGAGGAAUUGUUUCUACAGCAUUUUGUCUGUUAUAUAAAUUAUUUACUUUGAAGUUAACGCGCAAGCAAGUGAUGGGUCUAAUAACACACACAGACUCACCAUAUAUUAGAGCCCUUGGAUUUAUGUAUAUAAGGUAUACACAGCCACCCACAGAUCUAUGGGACUGGUUUGAAUCCUUCCUUGAUGAUGAAGAGGACCUAGAUGUGAAGGCUGGUGGAGGCUGUGUAAUGACCAUUGGAGAAAUGCUGCGAUCUUUCCUUACAAAACUGGAGUGGUUUUCUACCUUGUUUCCAAGAAUUCCAGUUCCAGUUCAGAAGAAUAUUGAUCAACAGAUUAAAACUCGACCUAGAAAAAUCAAGAAAGACGGGAAGGAAGGGACUGAGGAAAUAGACAGACAUGUUGAACGCAGACGUUCGAGGUCUCCAAGGAGAUCACUGAGUCCACGGAGGUCCCCAAGAAGAUCAAGAAGUAGAAGUCACCAUCGAGAGGGGCACGGGUCUUCUAGUUUUGAUAGAGAAUUAGAGAGAGAGAAAGAACGACAACGACUAGAGCGUGAAGCCAAAGAAAGGGAGAAAGAAAGACGAAGAUCCCGAAGUAUCGAUCGGGGGUUGGAACGCAGGCGUAGCAGGAGUAGAGAAAGGCAUAGAAGUCGCAGUCGAAGUCGUGAUAGGAAAGGGGACAGAAGGGACAGGGAUCGGGAAAGAGAGAAAGAAAAUGAGAGAGGUAGAAGACGAGAUCGAGACUAUGAUAAGGAAAGAGGGACUGACCGAGAAAAGGAAAGGGAACGGUCAAGAGAACGGUCCAAGGAACAGAGAAGUAGGAGUGAGGUAGAAGAGAAGAAGCAUAAAGAAGACAAAGAUGACAGGCGGCAUAGAGAUGACAAAAAAGAUUCCAAGAAAGAGAAAAAACACAGCAGAAGUAGAAGCAGGGAAAGGAAGCACAGAAGUAGGAGUAGAAGUAGAAAUGCGGGGAAACGAAGUAGAAGCAGGAGCAAAGACAAAUCAAGUAAACACAAAAAUGAAAGUAAAGAAAAAUCAAAUAAACGAAGUAGAAGUGGCAGUCAAGGAAGAACUGACAGUGUUGAAAAAUCAAAGAAACGGGAACAUAGUCCCAGCAAAGAAAAAUCUAGAAAGCGUAGCAGAAGCAAAGAACGUUCUCACAAACGAGAUCACGGUGAUAGUAAGGACCAGUCAGACAAACACGAUCGUGGAAGGAGCCAAAGUAUAGAACGAGAGAGCCAAGAAAAACAACAUAAAAACAAAGAUGAGACUGUGUGAAAAUUUUUUUGUAAAAGUGGAUCACAUUGAAUCCUAUAAAUGUUUGAUUAAACCUGCUUUUUUUUUCCUCCCCAAGUUGAGAUUGUGCAGUAGUUACACACUCUUCAAGCUCCCUGUAGGCUGCAUUUUCAUUUCCUCUUUUGUGUAGGGAAGUGCCUUUGUAAUCCCAUUUAUUGCAUUGUUGUUUUCACCCAGUUGUUCAGUUUGAUACAUGAUGCACAGAUUGUUCUUGCAUUUUUGUUUGUUUUAAAAAUGUACAGUCUGUACAUAUGUCCUGAAAAUGUUUUAAUUCCGUUGGCAUGGUUGCCACGUUGGUUAAAUUUGUAUAAGGCAAUAAACUGCCACUAAUUCUAUUUUUGUUUUGUAGGUGUGGGAUUAUGGUUUGUGUACUGAAGUUUAGCAUGGCUGUGCUUUUCGUAAUAGAAUGCUAAAGACUUUGAAAAAUGGAAAUCUUGGAUGUCUAUUACAGGAGAAUUAUGUGCUUUCAGUGUACUUGAAAGCAGCGGUUGUAGGAUUAACAUUCUUGUCCACUGUAUAUUAUCUCGGAAGGCUCUUGUGAAUAUGUUACACUUCAUAUUCUCCACGGUUACCUUAGAGAGAAUGUCUGAGAAGUUAGUUUCUGAUGCAGAGGUUUAAAUUAGGCUGUGAUUUGAUCAGAAGUCCUUUUAGCAUUCUACCUCAAAGGGACACUGUUAGUAUGCCUAAAAUUUACUCACUUAGUUUUCCUUUUUUGUUUGAAGAAAUACAUGACAUGUAAUCUUUUUUUCCUUGAAUUCUUUCUCAGAUUUUUAAAGUACUAUAUUAAAGAAAAAAAUUAAUGUCUAAAGCCUAGCAUUCUUGCAGCUUCCCGAUACUAACGUGAUUGGGAGAGGGUGGGACAAGUGAACAGAGAUUCAAGCCUCAAGCUUCCAUAGCAUUUUUAUAAAUGGAAAACACUUAAAUUAUGAAACAGCUUGAUAUAGUGUCCUUUUUUAAAAUUUUAAACUUUUUUUAUUAAUUAUGGAGAUUGCUGUUUGAGUUUUUAAAAACUUAAUCUAGAACAGAGGAGUAUUAAAAGUAAUGCUGCACUGCAUUAUUUAAGACUAUCAGCAAAUUAUUUGACAGAUUGUUCUUAUGACUUGUAUUCUGAUUAUAGAGACCCAUCAUGAGUGUGGAAUAAAUACUGGAUUAAAUCCUUUA